AUGGAUGCUGUUGGGUCGGAUAUUUUCCCGUGUUUUCUGUGUAAGAAACAAAUAGACAAUCCAAGAGAUUUUCCUUGUCAACACACCUUUUGUAGCCUGUGCAUAAACAAUUUAAUAAAGAAAUCGAAGUAUGGCGAAAAUCUAACAUUGGAGUGUCCAGUAUGUUUAGAGGAAUUUACCCUUUUCUCACAGAAUCUGUCCCCUCGGGAUUUGGUUGAGUUUUUUCCGAUAAAUCGUCUGAUCGAAAAUCUGAUUUGUUCUGGAGAUGGGAACAAAGCUCGGAAGAGUUGCGACCCUUGCCGUGUGGUCAACGAGAAGAGAGAGGCUAUUUUCCACUGCAGAGCUUGCCGACAGAGCCUGUGCGAGAUGUGCAACAAAUAUCUGCACCGGAGAAUCUCCGAUCACGACCGUCAUCAGGUUUUAUCGAUAAAUGAGUAUUUUGAAUCAUCUCAAAUAGAAGUAACCGAACCCUGCCCAGUCCACCCCAAUAAACAACUGGAAUUGUACUGUCAUGACCACGAUGUACUCUGCUGUAACCUUUGUAUAUCUGACGGUCACAAAACCUGUCUUAAAGUGAGGACAAUCGACCAGGUAUUUGAAAGUAGAGUAAAGAAUAAAAAUGUGGAAAUAGCUAUCUUGAAAACAUUAAUUAAGAGUAUCAAGGAGGAAACCAGUGCAGCAAUUGAGGCUGUGGAUGAAAAGGUGAAAACAGGGGUAUUCGGAUGUUUGGAGGAAAAAGUAUCGACUUUUGUCUUAAAGUUCCAGGAGAACUUAGAAAAACUGCAGAAAAAUUAUGAAUUGCAUCACAAAGACAUCCAAGUUUCUGAUGGGAACACACUUAACAAUAUUCAGAUGAGAUUUAAAGGAUUUCUACGUUUACUUCGUGAAAUGAAGCAGAUCCUUGAAACGGUGGAUCAAGUUGGGAGCAAACAGCAAAGGUUUGUAGCCGCAGCCAAACUAAAGCAACAGCUCUUGCUGUACUUCCGGAAACUUCUGAAAUUGUCAGAGCUGAGAACUGAACACACCCUUCAAAUGAAUCCUGAUAUAGAGGAAUUUGAAAAUGUCGAGUCUGUCGCUGAACUUGUGGAAAAAGUGUUAGACACCUUACUAACAUCGGGAAUCCACAAGCAGUGUCAGCUGUUUGCGGAGUAUGUGGACGUUGGAUUGGAGGACAUAACAUUCCCAUCUUCCGAUGUUGUCCCAAAGAAAGUAGCCAUGCAGUGUAACUUAGAAUCAGAAGAGGAAUACAAAAACUUCUAUGGCGGAGUCGUCCUCACGUCGGGAAGAAUCUUUCUAUUAAACCAGACAUGUUAUAGCGGGGGUACUUUGGUUGAAGUUAAGAAAAGCUCAGAAUUCACAGAGCUUCACAGCUUUUCCGAUCCUCCCACAUCGAUAUGUGCCGACCCAACGGAGAAGAAUUUAGCUGUUGGUAUGAAACGUCAUAAGCUAUUCACAUUCUCCAUUCAUCCCAUUCUAAAGUUGACCAGAGAAAUAGACACUGGAAUGAGCAUCAGCUGUAUACAUUUUUUCAAUGAAAAUCUUUUGUGCAGCAAUGGAUCUGAAAUAGCCGAAAUAAACAGAAAUGGCGAUAUUUUGAGAAAAAUGGCAGGACCACAAAAUGUGGAUGGACGAUUUGCGCUAUCCCAUGAUCUUUGUAGAAUAUACUAUAUUAGAAAGAAUCUGAUUGUCUGCAGCGAGAUAGGUGGUGAUCUCAUAUUUACACGUAAAACAGACUUUAUUAGGUGGCAAAGAGAUUCCAUAACAGAUAUCUCUUUAGAUGGAAAUGGAAACUUGUACCUUUGUGCUGGGCAAAAGAUCGUACAGAUUUCGAAAGACGGGGAUAAAGCGCGCACCUUGAUCGACUUUACGACAAAGAAAGACAAAAAAGCCGAGAAAAAAGAUUCGGAAUCGGAUGAAGAGGACUCGGGGUCCGAUGACGGAUCUGAUCGUGUCGAGAGAAAAUUUUCCUUUGACAAGGAUGGGAAGAGGCUCCUCGUUUUCUCCCGUUGGGAAAUUCCAGAACUGUUUGAAAUAAUGUAUGAAGGAAGAAGUCGCGACGCUUCAUGCCAUCAAGAGAGCCGUAAAGCUGUACCAAAAAGACCCCUUUCUUAUCACCUGGAUCUUAUAUUUUCCGGGGGGGAUAACAACUCCGGAACAUUGUGA